UCAGUUGUUUUAAGAUCUUUGACAAAUAAACAACAAGGAAUUAUGGGUGACAUUAAAAAAGUAAUUCUGAUAGGUGUUGUGAUCAUAUCUCUGCUUGUGCAGUUCCAUCAAAGUGAAGCAUUCUUUCUGAGUAAUAAUAUGAAAGGGAAAGGUGGUCACAUGAACCAGCAAAGGCAUAGAAGCAAUUCAAUUGGAAAUCCUUUUACGAAUAUUUUCCAAAUGAAGGCGAAUUUCAUGAAAUCAAUGCAACGAUCAAUGACGAAUCAUUUCAGUAACAAAGGGAAAAUGUUGAUGUCGCUUUUUGGUGGGUUUAAGAAAGGGUAG